UAAACCCCAUAUCCUCUCCUUGCUUCCCACGAUUAAGCGCGCACCAGGCCCACGUCAUUCAAAUGACAGGGGAAGAAAAAAUGGCAACAUGGCCGCCUCCUUUCCUCCAGCGGCGCAGCCUUUCCCCAGAGAAUACGGAAACAGAAGACACCUAUCCCGAGGACACAGAUGACCUCGCCUCAUUUGGCGGCCAUGGAACUCUCGAGGCUUUGGAGUUUACCCGGACUUUAGAAGCUCAAGGGAUUCCGUGUUGCGUCCUUGGGGUCUCUGCGCUCAUUUUUUACGGCGCUGGAAGGGUUAGGGAUGACUGGGAAAUCUGCGUGCCUACGGAGCAGAUGGAGCAAGCCAAACUUAUUUUCGAGAGAUCUCCCGACUACGAACCUGCCAACCCGAUCAUGCCGCAACCAAUGUCCCUUAUUCACACCUAUCCUCGACUUAAAAGGGUUGGCAUCGACGUUCGUUUCGUUCUGCUCCCUUCUUUCGAUAUGCAUAUCGAAAUCACGCCAGAGAAUAUUGUUAGGAGCACCAACGACCUUCCAUACCCAAAACUUCCAAUUUUGGUGCAGAGCCUCCUCGAAAGGAACGAUCGGAUGAACCUCGCUGACCUUGUCGAUGGCGCUAACUUGUCGGAAGAAUGGGGUAACAAUCUGUUUUUGGAAGGUACAAAUGACGCAGAAUGGAUCGCGGCGAUGAACGCUACCGUUCUUACCAUGGCAAAAGGCCCAAAAGACAUGAGAACCCUGGGUUGCAUGGCGCCGACUGGACUGGUCAACAAGAGAGAGUUGUGGCUGCGUAUUGUGAAAACGAAAGAAGGAAGACUAGGCUGGAAGAAACCUCUUGAGCUAUUCGCUACUCGCUUUCGGCUUCGUGAGGAACCAGAUCCUUGGCUGGCGCAUCGGGAUUGUAGCUAGGAAAAUCUUCGCUAGUGCCACAGGAUCUGAAAGGCUAUACUCUCUUCUAAUGGCUCUUAUUGGAUGCUUCUGUAACUAUCUGCAGAUGUUGUAACUGCAGAAAAGAUGUAAUGGUACAGACGUGAAUAGGAACGUGCCCAAUACUUACCCCUUGCAUUGUAGCCAUUGCCCAUAAUUAUGGGAUUGUCUUCCAUUCGAAUCUACUAUGGUGUGCGAAACGAUUAAAUGUUGCGAUAUCAAGCAGCCUCAACUUGCCUGGCGAACCUGGGCAGAAAAAGUGAUACUAU